AUGGGUCUUGGAAUCACGGUCCUUUCGUCUGCCUUCCUGGCAACAGGAGGCUUCCUGUUCGGCUAUGAUUCCGGUAUCAUCACGUCGACGAUCGCCCUUCCUACGUUCAAGGCACACUUCAACUCUCCUUCUGACACCGUUACGGGAGGCAUUGUGUCUGCCUUCCAAGGCGGUGCGAUCGCUGGUACGAUAUUCAACAUGCUUUUCGCAGACAAGCUCGGUCGUCGCUGGACCAUCUUCGUCGGCUCGCUCAUUUCGGUGUUUGGCAGUGCUCUCCAAGCUGGUGCAGUCAACAUGGCUAUGCUCAUCGUAGGCCGCUUCAUUGGUGGUGUUGCGGUCGGUCAGCUCACUUCGACAAUUCCAAUGUACGCUGGCGAGUUAUCAGAGGCCAAGUAUCGUGGUAUCUUAUCAGGUUUACUGCAAUGGAUGUUGAGCUGGGGGUUUCUCGUUGCACAAUGGCUGGGAUAUGGUUGUCAAUUUAACUCGGGAGAGUUCUCGUGGCGCUUCCCUCUUGCCUUCCAAAUCGUUCCCGGUCUUGUUCUUAUCUGUGGCAUUUUCUUCCUGCAAGAGAGUCCGCGUUGGCUUAUGGAGAAAGAUCGUCACGAAGAAGCACUAGCCUCUCUAAAAGUUCUUCGCAAAGGCAUCGACGAGGAGAUCAUCGACCUCGAGUUCCGCGAGAUUCGCGAUGUCAUCGUCGCCGAUCGCGCUCUAGGAAACAUCACUUGGACAUCCAUCAUCACCAAAACGUCCUGGCGUAAGCGUCUCCUACUCGGUUGUGGUGUGCAAGCUUUUGGUCCCCUUUCUGGCAUCAACGUAAUUAACUAUUACGGCCCUCGCAUCUACAGCAUUCUUGGAAUAUCGGCUCGUGAGUCGCUUAUGAUAGUCGGAAUCAGCGGUGCUCUUUCCAUUGUAUGGUGCACCAUCGGCCUAGGCCUAGUCGACAAGUUCGGUCGUAUCAAACCUCUGAUCAUCUCUGCAGCGGGUCUGGCUGCUGCCCUACUCGUCAAUGCGGUGCAAGGACAGUACUUCAACCCUUCCAACGGCGCUCAGUUACGGAGUAUGGUUGCUAUGAACUUCUUGUUCAGCUUCUUCUACACCCCUCUCGGCAUCAUAUCUUGGGUAUACCCAGCAGAGAUCUUCCCCCUGGAGAUUCGAGCGCGAGGCAACGCCAUCACCACCUUUACGAAUUGGACUGUCAACCUCAUCUUUGCCCAGUUCUCACCACAGGCCCUGACCUCGAUUGAGUUCAAGUACUUCUACGUUUUCUUUUGCUUUAACAUCAUUGCCCUCUUGUGCUACUGGUUCUUCUACCCCGAAACCAAGGGCAAGACAUUGGAGCAAAUGGAUGAGCUGUUUGGAGAUCAGCUUGUUCCGCAUGCGAUGCAGGAUCCAGCUGCUGCAGCCGCCGCCAUGGAAAAGGACGAAAAGCUGCACACUGAGGUACACGCUUCUCGCGUCGGCUCAGUCGCCUAG